UCUCUGUUGAAAUAUGACCACCUUAGGAGGCCCUUCCUGACCAUCCUCUGCUGCCCUUUUCUUGGUUUAUCUCUACCCUAUCAGAAUUAUAGUUUCCUGUUUAUUUACUCGCUGUCUACGACUAGAAUGUAAGCCCCUGAAAGCAGCGAUUUGCUUCUUCAGAGAUGUCUAUCCAUCCCCAGCGCCUAGCAGUGUCUGGUACAUAGUAGGUGCUUAAUGUUUGUUUGGUUGAAUGAAUGAAUGAACGAACGAAUGAAUGAAUGAAUGAAUUGGGUAGAUGGUUAGCAAAUGUUUUCCCUGCCACCUUAAUGCCCCUAAAUCAUUUAGCUGCACCCACUCCAAGCCUUCUCUGGCCGGGGAGCAUCAAUCCUAGGAGCCAGAUCAUCUGACCUGGAGGGUGAUGAUUCAAAAAAUUUGAACCUGGAGGUUAAAAUUCUGCCUGUCUCUGCCACUUAACAGCUGAGUUUAGAUAAAUCGCUUGAUCUCUCUCGGCUGCAUUUUUCACAUUAAUUCUGACCUUGCGGAGAUGUGAGGAUCUAGAUAGGAACUAGACAGGAAAAAGCCCCAAGCGAAUUCGGCGCUUUUGUUUGAAGCUAUCUUUUCUUUUUCUUUCACAAUCGCGCCUUCCCAAGCCUAGUCACCCCUGCCCUUCUCACUAAGCACAUCACAACCUCCCUCGCACCCGAUGUGGGGGGACUUGCAGGUUGCUGGGCCCUCGAGCACGCAGAUAUUUCCUUUCUCUAAAAGGGAAGGAAAAGAGCCUCCCAGGCCACGGGUCGUGCAGGUCUCCGGAGCCGGCGUCAGCGGCGGCGUAUGUGCGUGCGCGCGCGCCUGCGCAUCAGGACCAGGGGACGGGCGGGGGGGUGAAGAAGGGGCCGGCCUUCAAGCAACAGCGACGCAAGAUGGCAGCCACCACGGGCUCGGGAGUAAAAGUCCCUCGCAAUUUCCGACUGUUGGAAGAACUCGAAGAAGGCCAGAAAGGAGUAGGAGAUGGCACAGUUAGCUGGGGUCUAGAAGAUGACGAAGACAUGACACUUACAAGAUGGACAGGGAUGAUAAUUGGGCCUCCAAGAACAAUUUAUGAAAACCGAAUAUACAGCCUUAAAAUAGAAUGUGGACCUAAAUACCCAGAAGCACCCCCCUUUGUAAGAUUUGUAACAAAAAUUAAUAUGAAUGGAGUAAAUAGUUCUAAUGGAGUGGUGGACCCAAGAGCCAUAUCAGUGCUAGCAAAAUGGCAGAAUUCAUAUAGCAUCAAAGUUGUCCUGCAAGAGCUUCGGCGCCUAAUGAUGUCUAAAGAAAAUAUGAAACUCCCUCAGCCGCCCGAAGGACAGUGUUACAGCAAUUAAUCAAAAAGAAAAACCACAGGCCCUUCCCCUUCCCCCCCAUUCGAUUUAAUCAGUCUUCAUUUUCCACAGUAGUAAAUUUUCUAGAUACGUCUUGUAGACCUCAAAGUACUGGAAAGGAAGCUCCCAUUCAAAGGAAAUUUAUCUUAAGAUACUGUAAAUGAUACUAAUUUUUUGUCCAUUUGAAAUAUAUAAGUUGUGCUAUAACAAAUCAUCCUGUAAAGUGUAACCACUGUCCACAUAGUUGAACUUCUGGGAUCAAGAAAGUCUAUUUAAAUUGAUUCCCAUCAUAACUGGUGGGGCACAUCUAACUCAACUGUGAAAAGACACAUCACACAAUCACCUUGCUGCUGAUUACACGGCCUGGGGUCUCUGCCUUCUCCCCUUACCCUCCCGCCUCCCUCCGUCCCUGCAACAACAGCCCUCUAGCCUGGGGGGCUUGUUAGAGUAGAUGUGAAGGUUUCAGGUCGCAGCCUGUGGGACUACUGCUAGGUGUGUGGGGUGUUUCGCCUGUACCCCUGGUUUCUUUAAGUCUUAAGUGAUGCCUCUUCCAAGCCAUCAUCCUGUCCCCAUGCUCCUCCACUCCCGCCCUUGGCCGAAGCAUAGAUUGUAACCCCUCCGCUCCCCUCAGAGAUUGGCCUUUGGUGAGGAAUUCAGGGCUUUCCCCAUAUCUUCUCUCCCCCACCUUUAUCGAGGGGUGCUGCUUUUUCUCCCUCCUCCUCAAGUUCCUUUUUGCACCGUUACCACCCAACACCUUCCAUGACACUUCCUUGCUUUGGCCAGAAGCCAUCAGGUAAGGUUGGAAAGAGUCUCUGACCUCCCUUGUUUAGUUUUGGAACCGUAUUCACUCACUCUCCACCAGCCUGGGAAAUGAAUAUUGGGUCCUCAGCCCUGCCACCCUCUGCUGUCAUCAGCUGAUGCAUUGUUUUUAGCUCAGGUUUUGAUAAGGUGAAAAGAAUAGUCACCAGGGUUACUCAGACCUGCCAGCUCUCGGAGUCCUUGGUGGUUGAACUUGGAGAAAGACCACAUGAAGAUACUUGUAAGCACACAUGAUCCCUCUGAAUUGUUUUACUUUCCUGUAAUUGCUUUUGCUUUUAAAAAUUGAAGAAGUUUUAAACAGGGCUUUCAUUUGGUCAUCCUUGCAAUCCACUGGGGUCUAGUUUGGAAUCUGACAACUGGAACAAAAAGAACCUUGCAUCCGGUGCAUGCCUUGGUUUUGGUGCUGCUGCUGCUUCCCAAGAUCCUCAGCAGGGAUUAAGAAAGAACCCGGUGUGCACAGCAGAUCCCCAAAAUUGGUGGGCUUGACCUCCUGGCAGAUUGCUGCGUCUUUCCACUUGCUGUUCAGGACCACUAAAUGCUGAAAUGUGGAUGCAUACCGAAAUAAAAGCAAUUCAUUGUGUACUAAAGGUUUUUUUUUUUUUAAUUUAGUAUUUGUGUGAAACCACCUUUUGAAGCAGCAACUAUCAAGUCUGAAAAGCAAUUGAUGUUUCCAUUAAUCUUUUUCUGGGGGGAAAACCUUAGUUCUAAGGAUUUAACAUCCUGUAAGUGAAGUUUAACAUAACAGUAUUCCAUAAGCAGCCUUUUUAUUGUCAGACCAUUGCCUGAUUUUAAUAUAAUAAAAAAAGUGUGCGUUAAUAUUUCA